CCUCCUUUUUGGAGGAUGGGUGGAAGUUGGAAGAGACAUUUGAUUUUAUUUUGAAAGUCCCAAUCACGAGCGUUCCGGUUUGUCCGCGUUAACUUUACGAUAUGUGACGGGAGUAUUUGUUUUGUACCGUGUCUACGGAGCGAGCACUGGUGAGGAUCAGUCAUCGAGGCAGGUGGAGUCUCCCAUCCACUCCCCGGUGAAGGAACACGGAAGAGGGGACACACCUUCCCUCCGUGUAAUUUAGCUUUAGCGUGCGUGACUGGAUCGAGCCCGACCAUGACUUCGGUUUGGAAACGGCUCCAGCGGGUAGGAAAGAAAGCGUCUAAAUUCCAGUUUGCGGCUUCGUUUCAAGAGCUGAUUAUAGAAUGUACAAAUAAAUGGCAACCGGACAAACUGAGAGUGGUGUGGAUCAGAAGGAGCAGACGUCACAGCACAAAGCUGCACAGCUGGCAGCCAGGAAUUCAGAACCCCUACAGAGGCUUGGUGAUCUGGCAGGUUCCAGAGAGUCUAGAUAUCACGGUCACACUCUUCAAGGAACCAACUGCAGAGGAGUUUGAAGACAAAGAAUGGACUUUUGUCAUUGAGAAUGAGACAAAAGGAUGUAAAAAAGUGCUGGCGUCAGCUGAUGUCAAUAUGAAGAAGUAUGCAAGUGCCACACCAGCCCAGUACGAUUUAACACUGACGCUCAAACCACUCUCUGUGAAAGUGGUGGAAGCCACACUGAAACUCAACCUGUCUUGCAUCUUUCUCAGGGAAGGCAAGGCCACGGACGAGGACAUGCAGAGUUUGGCCAGUCUUAUGAGCAUAAAACAGAACGAUAUCGGUAAUCUGGAUGACUUUAAUGACAGCGAUGAUGAAGUCAGCGAAGAGAGAAGGUCAAACUUUGGAACAGGACAAAUGACUUAUGUUACAGCCUCUGCUUCCUCCACUGAAAGAGUUCAUGAUCUGGCCUGGAGGCCUGUAGUUGAAUCAGGCCCCACAGUGACCCCAGAGACUGAUUGGAAAAGGUCUUCUGGCAUUUCUUCCACCUUUUCAGCACCAUCGUAUCCUCUCCUGUCACUGCCAGUCCCUGAUCCAUCUGCUCCAUCGUUCUUAUUGCAAACCCACGCACAACCGCCAAGCACUACCCAGCCAGCUCGGCCCUCUCCCGAUGCCUACUCAUUGCCAGCCUUUACACACUCUCACCUUCCUGUACUCCCCAAAAUCUUCCAGCACACUGUUGGAUCAGCUCCUCAAAGGCCCCAAAGCUUCCAUUUUGGCUCCUCUUCAACUGAAGGCUUGAAGGCCCAAGCCUGUCCUAGUGCACGUACAGAGCAGAGUGGUCCUUCUUUUUCCUCUGUUUCCUCCUCAUCAUCCUCAGCUCUACUCAGCUCUUUCCCUAUACCUCCACCACGUCUCAAAGCCUGCUCCACCUCUGAAAAGCUUGCCCCACCUCUGCUAGAGUCUGAUAUGGGGUCUGCCCAUAUCAGACCUACAAGUCUCCCGUUUUCCCCAGAGUCAGCUUCCUGGCAGACUGAAUGGAGGCCUCCUAAAUCUCAGGUCCCUCUAGCACAGCUUGCCCACUCUCCCACGUCUCUGCAUCCCUUUGUCAGUGAUCCUGGACAAGCUGCACUUCUGCAGAAAAAGCAGAGACUAGAGAUGCCAUCUUCAUCUUCUCCGCCCACUGCUCAGCCUUUAGAUGAGAAACCCAGCGGAGGGUCUGGAUAUGUUUCUUUUUGGAAACCUCAGGUCACAUCUGCAUUAGAGACCCCCUCACCUUCUCUGCAUCUUUCCUCUGCUCAUGUGUUUCCUUCUCUUUCAGUCUGUGAACAUGAUGCAGAGUUCAAAAGACAGCUGAGCACUCUGAAUGAAGAGGAUAACCAGUGCACGGCACCCACAGCCUCUAACCCUGGAGGCCGAGCCAGCCAAAGGUCAGAGCAGGUCAGAGCUUCAGAGAGGAAAAGAGAUACAGCGUUUGGACUGGACACUGCCAAAGCAUUAGCGGGUGAUGAAAACAUGGUUUUACUUCAGUCCACAUGUUCGAUUGGCGCUACAAAACCACUAUUCCAAACCCAAGUUAAAAACACUGAACAGCAACCACAAAAACAUCCAAAUAAUAACACCAUUCAAUGGGAAGAGCUACCAAAAAUGACUACAGAAAAUUAUCCUGCAGACAGGAUCAUUCUGUGGGAAGAGCUACCAAAGGUGACUACAGAGGAAAUUAGAAAAGCACCACAGAAAGACAGUGAGACGAUGAAAGAAAUGGCUGACACGCACCCAUCAUUCACCUGUGCAUCCAUGUUGAGCACUGCUGGGGAUAAAAUGGAGACAAAUAGAAAAGCUGGGAUACUGUUGCCUGGCCCAACCAUCAGCAGCACAUUUGGAUUUCCUGCUACUUCUAAACAAACAACUGAAUCCCUUUUGCACAAUGAAUCUACUUGGAAAAAGUCAUCAAAAGAAUUUGAAAUUGCAACCACAGAACUUGGUCUUCACCCAGAAGGACACGUAUAUCUAGAAAUAGAUAAAAACGUUUCCCAGCCUAGUGCACGAUUUGUGCAAAGUUGUGUGACGCCUGAAACUGGCUAUAAACAGGUUAAUUUUGUGGAAACCUGUUCCAGAUUGACAAACAUUGCUGGCAUGCCAUCCAAAAUGCCACUAGAUGAUGAAAAACAGUGGCGUGUUGAUCGAAAGCUAAUCUGGAAGAAACAAUCUCAAAUACAGGGAAUAUUACCACCAUCUUCAUUAGAUGAGAAUGAAAGUGAGAAGAAGGAAAUGGUUUCACUGACACGCUCUUGCCCCAGGAAGGCUAGAAAUCCAGGAUUCCCAUCUGUAUCUCAAUACAGUUAUGCUUUUCUUCGAAAAAGUCCAGUGGAUAUAAAUCACAUUGGUCCAGAUGUAUCUGGCUCAGAAUCUGUUGUUGACAACAGAUCAAAGAUAUCACAAGAAGAAUUUAGUGCCUUGACUGAAAAAGAAGUGUUACUAGGAGAGAAGGAUGGAAUUGAAAAACUGGGAGUUUUGACGCCAACAUGUCCAGAGAAUUCCUCAGUAACAGACAUGACCGUGAUUCCACAAUCUACUAUGGUAAAUUGUGGAUUGGCUAAAAACAGCAUUUUAGGUUCUUGUCCAAAAAUCUCUCUAAUUGAAGGCAUUCCCUCAUUAUUGGAGAAUCCUUUCAGCAAAAAUUGGAUAACAGAUUAUAAACCUUUAGCUGUAAAACAAGCAAAACCCAACAUAGUAAUGACUGAAUAUAGCCUUGACCAUGGUGAAAUGAAGGUAAUGUCAACUUUUGCCUCGAUUUGUUCAAAAGAAGCUUCUGUCCCAGGAUUUCCAUCUGUUUUUGCACCGACAGUAAUCUGUAAUGAGUCUAGAAUGCUCAGUCUCCUUCCAUCUUCCCCCACUGUCUCCAGUAUAGCUGGUUUUCCAUCAUUGCAGAAAGCUGACAGCAAAAACUGGAACACCAUUCAUCAGCCAUUGUGGGAGAAGCCGACUGAAAAGGAGCUCGUGUUAGUAAUGGAGCUCGAUAAAAUACCUAAAAACAUGAAUGGAAUUGUUUCUCUUGCACAAAGUUGCUCAAGGAAUUCGUGCAUCUUUGGGUUUCCCUCUGUGCCAAAUCCCAGAUUGUAUAAUGUUGCAGAUAUGACAGAUAUGCUCAGUCUUUCAUACUCAUGCCCCAAACUGUCACAAAUAGCCGGAUUUCCAUCAUCUUAUGAUUUAAAAGACUGGAUAAUAAACAAGGAACCACUGUUUGAACCAAGAAUAAAAGAAAAGCAGAUGGACAGAGAGAGCAAAAUGAAAAGUAAUGAGAGAGUAAUGAAAUUGAUGGUUUUCCUUGUACCAACUUGUCCCAAAGUUUCAAGUAUUCCUGGUUUCCCAUCUGUUCCAUGUCCCAGAAUUCAUGGCCUGAAUAUGGUCAACCUCCUUCCUUUGUGUCCAGUAAUUUCUACUGUACCUGGAUUUUCAUCAAUUGAAUCACAUCUGAACGUGGGAUGGCCAUCUGAAACGGAUUUAUUGAUGCACAGACCACAAAGGAAUACUCAUCUUAGCAUAAUCGACUCACCAGUGAUCAUAGACAAACCAAGCCACAUGCUUCCUUUAGUUCCAUCUUGUACAAGAUCAUCAUUGAUUCCAGGCUUUCCUACUGUCACUAAAUACAAUAUCCUAAGUCUCCUACCUGCUUGCCCGCAAGUAUCAAGUUUGCCAGGGUUUGCCUCACUCAAAGUGGGCUUAAAAUCCCAGUGGCUUUUAGAUCCAUAUACUUUGCGUAAAAAUCCAAAGGAGACAGUUUUUCUUAAAGAUGUUCCAAAUCAAAAUGCAGAGAUUAUGCAUUUAAUGGCCCCAGCUUGCCCAGAAAACUCCAGAAUCCCUGGAUUCCAGUCUGCACCCCAUUACAAUUCCAACAUUAAAUCCAGAAUAAGUUUUGUACCUUAUUGCCCCAGUGCUUCAAGUAUCAAGGGAUUUGCAUCCAUGACUCCAGUACCAAGCACAGGUUGGCUAAGUGAAACAAACACAAUUUUGUCAAGACCUCAGAAGAAAAUGGCAGAAAUGUUUGUGGUACUUACACAACAGGACAAGUCGGAUUCCUUCAACAUAAAUAUGAUAGCACAAGUGGGAUCUUGCCCCAAAAAAGCCAGAGCAUCCGGUUUUCCGUCUGCUCAAAUUACAAACAAAUCACCAAAUAUGGUCAGCCUCAACUCUUCUGCUCCAUGUGUUUCAUGCAUCCCAGGUUUUCCAUCAGCCAGAAGGCAUAGUGCUGAAUCUAUGAACAUACAAACCGUGGCCACAUUCAACAAGAUCUUGUUGAAAAACUUACGCAAUAAAAGAAAUAGCAUUGCAGAGUUUCCUGCAAAACAAGACCAUAAACAAGAUGAAAUUAAGAACAUGGCAGCAAUGGCUCCAUCGUGUCCAAAACUCACUCAAAUUCCUGGGUUCCCCAGUAUUUUGCAAUUGAAUCCAAUUGCAAAAACAAUGCCUGUGCCACCUGCAACUGAGAAGCAGAACUUGCAAGAAUUACCUCAUGCAGAGUCAUAUCUCAAAGACACAGGAAAUCCUGGUGUUUCCUUUGCAUCUGGUAGCCGUCCAAGCACAGAACUUUCAUAUGAGGAGAAACUUAAAAUUGGUGGCAAGCAAAACAUAGAUGUUAAUGUAGAUAAUAGAGAAUCUCAAAUAGAGAGGACAGCAGGAGAGGAAGACCUAACGGUGAAGAAACCAUUGGAAAGAUCUGAGCUGGUGGGAAUCUUAGGUUGGGAACUAUUGGAAGCUGAAGGAACAAUAACAGAAAAAAAAGGAGAAUCCUCUCUAUCAGAAAAGGAAAAAGAUAUCUCUGGAUUAGUGGGUGCUAUUGUGGGUGUUUUCCACAAAGGUUACGAAACUGUAGCAUCAAUCUUGGGGCCAUCAAACUCUGCAUUAGCUGAAGUUGAUCACCAACCCAAGCCUCUCUCUUCUUUGGAUGCAACAAUGACCCCUUCGGAUGAGUUUUUUCAAGUCUUUACAAAUUGCACCACUCCCAUCGAGGGCAGGUUUGAGGCUUCUCUCGGCCAUACCACGGAGCAUACAGAGGAAAGAUUACUCACAGGGAAGGUUGCUGUUCAUACACCAGUGUGCACUGAAGGUUUACUUCCAAGGCAGCAGACUGAGGUAGAACAGGAUGAGGUUAGAGUGGUGUUGUCUUCUUGUCAGCUGGAAAAAGGCCCUGAACAAAUAAGCAUGGAAGAAAAUAAUGCUACCUCCCAGAAGCCCACAUCAAAUGAGACACUAACAGAUGCCACUAAAGAUAGAGAAGUCAACUUGGAUGUUGUCUUGGAAGAAGCCUCACGUGAUCAAAACGUUAGUUCAGAUGGACCACAAGGUGACAGUUCAGUACCGCAGCGAGGGAGGAAGCCAAAAAGAAGAAAAGUUCAAGACCCGCCACAGAAAGAGUGUGACAGUGAAAACGCAGUUCCUAAACGUCCUCUUAGAAAGAAAGAUAGUUUAACCCGAGACCACAAACCAAAAUUUAAUGGUGCAUCUGUCAAGUGCCUUCCUGAAGUUGUCCCAGUGGAGUCAUUAAACAAGGAUGCUAAUGCAGAAGUAAUAUCUACACAACCUGCCACCUACCCAGGCCCACUCAAAACAACUGACAAUAUCAUCCCAAAGCCAGAGCCUUGUGAGAAAACUGGCACUAUUUCAAUCAUUAAGAAGAUACAUCUUCCUUCAACUGAGACUGACAAGAGAAUUACGCCACAGAAUGUAAAUGUUACAGUUACGAAUUCUGAUAAACCAGUCCACUUUGAUAAAGCAGCAGUUGGUGAUAGGCAAGAACUAAGUCAACCAGCAAUAACUUGUGAUGCAUCUGUUGAUGCACUUAAUAUUAAAACUCCUCAGAAGUCAGAGGAUGCACCAGUGACUGCAGAAACUGAAAGCUUAACACAAACAACUUAUUCUGUCCCAAAGCCUUGUAUGAAUAUACAUUCCAGUGGCACUUUUUCAGAUACAGACAGAGCCUCUAAAGCUUAUAAUGGAGAACAGGCACAUUCAGCAAAGCAUGGUAACCCUUCACACAUGUCUUCAACAGCUAAAGAACUGUCAGUGGUGGAACAUAAUAAAGACCUUCCUCUUCUUUCCCCAGUUUACCAAGCAGAAGUAGUGGCUGGUGUACACUUAAGGAAAAGCAGAUUAACCAAUGAGGAAAAUGUUCAAGCAGAGGAUAAUAAUUCUUCAGAAUCGCCAGUGAAACUCUCAUGUUUGCCAGUGCCGAAACCAAGAGUAAAGAAACGUCUUAGUGAUUUUUUCCCAGACGACACUGAAAUCUCAGAUAGUUCAGCUGUCACCAACAAGGAAUCAAAGGAAGGCCCACCAUCACUGGAUUCAAGUACGAUAUCUGAAUUAGGUUUUGUGACAGUUCAUCAAGAAUAUGACAAUACAUUACAAUUGGAAAAGGAAGUUCUAGCAGCAAUGCAAGAAGAGUUUAGUCAGUCAGGUGGAGAUGAUACAGAGCAGGCUCUCGGUGAGACCACUGAAGGCUGGACUUUUACAGAGGAACACGUUUUUACAGAUCCCUGUGAGAAGGCUGUAGAGGCGGUAACUGAACAGUAUGUAGAGAAAGUCCAGGAAGCAAAGACCGAUAGGCACCUUGCAAGUACUGUUGCUUCUCAGGAUGACUGGCUGCAUCUAGACGAUAAUAAAGAGAGUGAACAAAUGGAAAUUGACCUAAAAAAGGAAAAGAGAGAUGAAGAGUUGGACUUUGGCUUUGUGUCUGUCACUGCAGGUUGUUCAGAGUUCAGGCAAAAGGAAACAAGAGAAGAAUCAUCAGGUCAGCCUGUACUGAUGCCUCGUAAUAAGAAGCGUUUGAGUUGUUCUACCUUAGAUGAAGGCAAGUCACAAGUUGUUGCCCUUGAGCAGGACAGGAAACCAACAUCUGCAUCUCAGGAGAAUCCACCGGGAAGUCCUACCUUAGUUACGUCAAGUCAGUCGCUACUGGAGUGGUGUCAGGAGAUCACAAAGAAUCACAAGGGAGUGAAGAUUACCAAUUUCAGCACUUCCUGGAGGAACGGCCUCGCGUUUUGUGCCAUCUUACACCACUUCCACCCAGAAAAGAUUAAUUUUGAAAUGUUGGAUCCAUAUGACAUCAAGCAAAACAACAAGAAGGCUUUUAAUGGCUUUGCUGAACUGGGAAUUUCAAGGUUGAUGGAGCCUUCAGACAUGGUCAUGCUUGCAGUGCCUGACCGCCUCAUUGUCAUGACCUACCUUAACCAGAUCCGCACGUAUUUCACUGGCCAGGAGCUCAGUGUGCUUCACAUAGACAAAGACACCAGUGAGUCCAGUUAUGCUGUAGCAGGGGACCGGGAGGCCCAAGACGACCCCGAGGCAACUGUUCGCUACUGCGCCCAGAGACUCCAGGAGGAGGGUAUAAGUCUUGAGACUAAUGGGAGUGUAAGCACCGCAGAGAAGGACAGUAAAGCCAGCAGGGACGUGGUCCCGCCUCCCAGAACCAAACGCUUGCAGGUUGCUGGGGCAGCUCAGUCUCCAGUGGCACCGCCACGGACUCAUUUUAUGUUCAAGUCCGGCUUCUCUCAUGUCAGAGAUGCUGACCUGGUUAAGAAGCGUCGGUCACAGCGCAGGAGCGGGUCAGUAGAAGAAGGAGACAUGUCAGUGGCUGAAGCCCAAAGGAAGUCAGACACUGAGAGAAUGGAUGCUGCGUUAAAGGACAGAAAACCAGAGGGCCAGGACCCGAGCGAGUACGUGUUGAAUCAAAUGGAAGCCUUGGAAGCAGAACAAAAUCACAUUGAUAACAGAGCAGGUGUGGUGGAGAGGAAACUCAGACAGUUGCUGGAAACAGGCAGUGACAAGGAGGAGGAGGAGAGGUUGAUUCAGGAAUGGUUCACAUUGGUUAACAAGAAAAAUGCUUUAAUCCGGAGGCAGGACCAUCUACAGCUGCUGCUUGAAGAACAAGACUUGGAACGAAGAUUUGAGCUGUUAAACAAGGAGCUGAGGGACAUGAUGACAAUUGAAGAGUGGCAGAAGACUCAGGCCCAUAAACACAGAGAGCAGCUGCUGCUCCAGGAGCUGGUGUCACUGGUGAAUCAGAGGGAUGAACUGGUCCACAGUAUAGAUGCCAAGGAAAGAGGAGCUGUGGAGGAGGAUGAGCGUCUGGAGCGUGGCCUGGAGCAGCGCAGGAGGAAGUAUGCUAAACAACAGAAAGAGAAGUGUGUGAUGCAGUGACCACCGCAAACUUCCAAAUGUUGGGUCAAGGCAGUUUUCUCUCCUCUGUCACCUGCUAUCAGAAUGAAUGGUGUGGUUUUAGGUCAGCAGUAAGUGCACAUUCACACUGAAUCUGAGAAGGUUCAGGCAAUACAGAAUUUACAUUAAAGUUUGGCUUGAGUGGAAGUUUUGGUCUGCUUUCCAUUUUUAAUGUCUCAAAGUGUCCCAUUAGGAACCCUUUUGUUACCUGAUAUAUGCACUAGUUAAACCUCAUAAACUGGUUGUAAUGAUGCAAAGUGGGUUUGAGUGUGGAAAUGGUUGUAAAGCCUGGAAUAGCUAGCUUACACUAUGGCUGAUCGAUAGAUCCUAGAACGCUACAGCAGCACAAAGCCAACAGCCUUACAACAUAACAAAAAGCAUCCGUGUCUGUUUUCCUGUGUGGGUCCGUUUUAUUUAAAGUUAAUGGUUUCUAGCUGAAUUCGGUGUAAUGGGUGAUUUUGAACAGCUUUGAACAAAAAAACACAAGAAAAGUCAAGGUGAGAAUUUGACAAAUUUAGGCGCUACUGAUUGGACCUGAGUAGCAUUUACGGAAAUGUAACUGAAACCGUGUGUCUCCCUGUUGAAAUGUGAAUAAUGUGAAUAAUGUCACUGUCUCCCUCUGCUCAGCGUGUCAAAGUUUGUAUUUAAGUGUCUCAGAGGUUUUAUCUUGUGUGUGAACGUUUGCAGUUCUCUGUCCAUCGUUUGUGUGUACUGCAGCUUACAUGUUGCCAAAAGCAGUGCUUUUUAUAAAGUUUUAUUAACACCUGUUACAUUUGAAAUAUUUGUAAAGACUGGAAAAUACAAAAAGCUUAAAUACAUCUACACAUUUUAUGCAAUUUUGAAUGUGUUUUAAACUGUGGGGUUAUAUUUGCCAUUCUUCCAUAGAAAUUCAAAGUCAAUAAACCUUCCUGACACAAAACUGCUUUUGUUACUUUGUUCUCACUUUAUUCUUCUUCUUGUUGUAUUAGCAACAAAAAGUAGAACACUGCUGAGGAUUUUACAAAGACUUGUUUGUUCAAAACAAAAAGGGUAUUAACGAGAUGGUUUUCAGAAUAUCAAACAGUUGUACGCGGAUGCAUGUAUAGUUGUAUGAUUACAGUGUAAAACCUCAUUGAAAGGGUCCUGAACAAUAACAUGCAGUAUGUGUCAUCUUCAUCACGUGAUUGAACACCAUAGAGUGACCUGCUACUUCCAUUCUGUCAAAAUGACCCUUUCACAUACAAACAUUAAGACUGUUGUGUGGCCAUUUUACAGAUAAUGUGAGGAACCCAAAGCUGUAAAUACACAUAUUAAUAUGAUAAUAUGUAAUAAUGAGAUAUAUCAAACCUAAAGGACA